AACUCCGCUUUACGGCCCGGGCCACGCGUUGUCUUGGUGAUCUGUGGUGAUGAUGGUGAGAAGGAGCGGCCGCUACACUGUCAGUUGGAGAGGCUUUAGAGACUUCUCGGCCAACAAGCCACCAGACGACGAAAAGGAGGAACAGAAACCUGAAGAAGAUUUAUCUAAUCAUGAAGUUAUCUUUUUACGGAGCAUUGUUGAAAGUCCUGACUUUGCUAGAAAAUGUGAGUCGAUCGAUUCGGAGGAGGACUUGAGAGUGAAGCCCGUCUCCUUGGAUAAUGUAAACAUUAUACGUUCACUCAGUGAAUAUCGAGGUAACAACAUUCGAACUAUUGAACAAGCAGAACUUGCUAUACUACUGUCAAGAGUUCACUUUAAGGCGCUUAUAGAUGCCCAUGACCAAAUUGGAAAGAUUUGGUUAGAGAGAGGAUCAGGCGUAGAUGAUAAAAUAGAAAUUAAAGAGGGUGAAAAAGAUACAGCGGAAGCAUUAGAUCCAAGUGCGGAACAAAACGGAGAUAUGCCUGUAGAAACAGUUAAAGUUGUAGGCCUUAGAAAAGUACCUGGACAACCAUUGGGUUUGACUGUAACCACCGAUGAACAUGGUCAGUUAAUAGUGGCUAGGAUACUAGCGGGCAGUGCGGCUGCAAAGCAAGCCCUACUCAGUGUUGGGGAUGUGUUGCUUGAAGUUGACGGUGUGCAAAUAGAUUCAGAGGACCAGCUAAAGGAAGCUGUCUCUAAGCCCAAUGACAGGGUGACCUUGAAAGUGGGACCAAACCUCAAAGAUAAGAGUGCUCAAUUAACUAAUAAACUAAGUUGUUACGUAAGGGCUCUAUUUGACUAUAGUCCAGCUGAAGACACACUUAUUCCAUGUAAAGAAAUAGGAUUAGAGUUUAAAAAAGGUGACAUUUUACAAAUAUCUGACAGAAAAGACCCAAACUGGUGGCAAGCGAGUCAUGUAGAAAAGCCUGAUGUAGUGGGCUUAAUACCUUCACCGGAAUUAGAAGAAAGGAGGAAGGCUUAUGUACCUCCGGAGGCUGAUUUUGUGCAUAAGAUUAGCAUAUGUGGUGCUAGAAUAUCAAGAAAGAAGAAGAAAUUUGUCUACGAGUCCCGUUCAAGCGUGCAACUAGAGGGUGCGGAAUUAGCCCUAUAUGAAGAGGUGGCUCGCACGCCGCCGUUCCUUCGACGCGUGUUAGCUCUCGUAGGCACAAGGGGAGUCGGACGAAGGACGCUCAAGAACAAGAUGAUACAAGAACACCCGGACCGGUUCGGCGCUGUUGUUCCACAUACAUCCCGCCCUCCCCGUCCGCUAGAAGAGAACGGCGACUCGUACUGGUUCGUGUCCCGCGAGGAGAUGGAGCGCGACGCGCACGCGGGCCGCUUCCUCGAGUACGGCGAGCACAACGGACACUUGUACGGGACGCACUUGGACUCCAUACGCGCCGUUAUUAAGGAUGGCAAAAUGUGCAUCCUGGACUGCGCGCCACAAUCACUGAAGCUUCUACACAACAGCAGUGAGUUCUUACCCUUCGUGGUAAUGAUCGGCGCGCCCGGUAUCGACCAACUGCGCAACCUUACCUACGCGUCCAAUAGGAAUCUGACGUUCGACCGGCAGAGCUCGAUCCGCUACAGCUCGCGGCGCGCGCGAACGCUCGAGUCGCUUGCGUCGCUCUAUGAGGAAGAAGAUCUGAAGCAAACACUAGAAGAAAGCGCUCGCAUACAGCGACAGUACGAGAAAUACAUAGAUCUUGAAAUUGUUAACACAAACAACGAUACAACCUACUCUAAAAUCAUGGACGCCCUCCAUUCCCUUUCUACCGACCACCAGUGGGUUCCCGUUAGCUGGAUUUACUAACACUUUUAUAAAUGUAGCAUUUUCCUAAGCUGUGAUAACGCGUGCGAUUAAAUAACAUAGUGUAUCCGUUAAAAUAAUAGGCAAGAUUGAAAUUGUAACGCGAUUAUGAAGCAUACUAAGAAUAGGAUUACCAUGUUGCAGUGUUAUGACGUCAUAGCUGUUAUUUUAAAUAAAUUUGUAAUCUAAGUUGAGUUAUUAACCUACCUAUACAUAUUAACCUACAUUGCGCUAGGGUAGGGCAAAAUAAAUAAACCGUUAUUGAUAAGAAAAUCUUAUUUUUUCAAAUGACAUUUGAGGUAAGGUAGUUGAUAGUUGAACAGUCGGUAGUUCCUAUUCUUAGUUGGAUGGCAUAACUGCGUAAAUAUGGCUGGCUACUCGCUACAUGUGCAAUUUAAAGAUUUAAAAUAUAUAGCAAAGCUGGUCUUUCACUUUUUAUGUUUACUAUAUAUACAAAAAUAGGUUUACUAUGCUGGUGCAUCGAAAUAGCUGUUAACUUUAUAUCACAAAGCAUGUUUACAUUUCAACUGUGAAAUGUUCAUGGCUCUUAGUUCAUAAGAUGUAUAACUUUAAUACCAACGUAUUAAUUCACGCGUAGGUGUUUCUUUAAAAUGUCACAUUAUUCUUCUUCAUACAUUUUAUAUGAAGCACAAAGCUUACGAAAAUGCUACCGCUAAAAUUUCGCAAACGAAGAAUUAUAUAUCUAAUAUUAGCAUUUACAAGAACUUCCGUAUAUUAUUGUGUCAUUUAUUACAAAAUAUUCGAACUCUUUUGAACUAGAGAAACCUUAUAAAUUUCUCUAUUUCACACACUAUACCUAUUCAAAAAGCAAAUUGAGAUUGGUUUAAACAACAUCACAUUUUUAAGACAUUCAAUUAAUUUAUUUAUACAUGUUAAUUGGCAUAAUUCAUUGUCAUUUACUUUACGGCAUGUUAUAAUUAUUAAAAUUCAAUACUUUGCUUUUAACUAAGAACAAUUACAAAUGAUUAAUUGUAUUAUAGAAGAGUGGAUUAUUUUCGAAUUUACGUGAAUGUGUUUUAAAAUAACAAAAAGAAUGUUAGUAAAUAAUUUCUAGGUAGAUCUUAAAUAAAAGCCUGUUAGAAACGUUAUUAUAAAUUUAAUUAGAAAAUCUUUCAUGGUGUACUUUGGUUUUUGAAAUUAUGCCUGAACACAUAUGAUAUGUAUUAAUUAGUUAAGUCUGAUGCCAUAAAAAUAUUCUAUGUUUAUUUAUUUAUCAUUCCAUCAUCCAUGCCUUUUCACACAAUGUUACCAUUUAUAAAAACAUUUCAUUAACCUUUUGUAAUCUUUAUUAAUAAUUAUAUUACAUUUGAUUGUAAAAGAUUCUUCUCUAUAUAAAUAGUAAUAAAUUACGAAUUAUUCACAUGCUUCACGAAUGGUGUUCAAUUUCCCACCAAAUAAAAUCUCGUAUAACUAAGAUAUUGUAAGGUCAUUUAAAAUGUUUGAACGAAAGCACAAAAAUAGCCUUAAAUUAAGGACUAUGUGACAUCUUGUAAUUGAGUAUUUUUAGCCCUCGAAUUAUUAUUUUUUAUAAUCAAGUAGAACGUAGUUAAAAUUACUAGUGUUUGUAUUAACAAUUAUUUGUAAUGUAAGAGUUAUCAAGGCCUAAAUUAAGUUUCGAACUUAUGUAAUUUGGCUAUCUGAUUUUGUACUCUAAUUAGUACUUUUGCAUUUAAUUAUAGAAUGUUUAGCAUUUGUAUUAAUGUAGUAUAUAAAUUUCACUGAUAGUUCAUAGAUAUAUGCUUUUUAUUAUAAUAUAAAAAUAAAGACAGUCUCAUCACAGUGCUAUCACAUUAAAUGUAAUCAUGUGAUAAACCAGUGUAAUUUUAGGAUAGUAAUAAUCAAUUUAAUAUGUAAUUAAUAAUUAAUUAAUAAUAAUUAUUAAUGUUAUGGCUUUUGCAAUUUUUAAAUAUUUUGCUAUUGAAUAUCAAUGUAUAAGUUAAGCUUCAAGUUAGCUCGUACUUCAUUAAGAAUCUCACAUUCCGUCCAUUUUGUUUUGUUAUUUAGCUACAGAUUUUAUUGUAUCGAGAAUUUUUCAAUAUACUUUAUGUAAGUAAA